AUGGCUGCUGCAGUGCUGGGAAAGAGAUCUCGAAGACUUCUGGAUGAACAAGGCAUGUACCGACUUCGCAAAUGGUUCUAUCUCUCCAUACAGCCUCCUUCACCUAAAAGACAGACGCGACGGUCAGCCCCAAAAAUCUACGAGGACAGCGUUCUACAGAUCGAAUCGCAUAAAGCCGAAGCCAAGGCUGGAAGACCGUCGAGAUCAAUUCGCUCCGUCAGACGAACAGAAAAGGCAACGACAAGCACGACCGCCCCCAAACAUGGACAACUUCUGCUAUCGGUAGAUGAAGUGCCCGAGCAGUCCUCAGAGGUGUCAGCAUCAGACGAGAACGCUUCGCCAUCUAUUGUUGCAACUCCAACAACUUCACGCUUCAAGGACGUCUUUGCAUCCACAUCCCCAAGUACCCCGAAGCAUCGUGUCCGGUUGACUGGUCGCCUUUUAACCCCGAGAACUACCCCAUCGAAAACUUCUGACCGACCACAAAAUGUCUACUCCAGAGGACGGCAACUAUUUACCCAAUCUGGAAGCUCCAAGAUCAUCGGCCGCGAGGCAGAACGAGACCAAUUGAGCAAAUUCAUCUCCAAGGCAAUAGAAAGUCAGAGGGGCGGUUGCACAUAUGUCAGCGGCCCUCCUGGGACAGGCAAGAGUGCGCUAGUGCACGAAGUUCUAGAAGUGUUUCAGGACCAGUGUGUCAAGGUUGUGACAAUCAACUGCGUGGCAAUGAAGACCUCGAGCGAUGUGUUGGCCAAGUUCUGUGAGGAGUUUUGCAUGUCGUCCAGCGGUCGCCAGACAGCAAAGACAAGCCUCAGUAGGCUCUUCACCAGCGAAGGACCGAAUAAGACGAUGAGUGUUGUUCUGAUGGACGAGAUCGACGCACUUGUCAGCAGUGAUUGUGAGCUCCUGUAUAACAUCUUUGAGUGGGCGAUGCAUCCUUCAUCGUCACUUGUGCUGAUCGGAAUUGCCAACGCUCUGGACUUGACCGACCGGUUUCUGCCACGGCUGAAACUGAAGAACAUGCAACCAGAACUUCUACCUUUCCUACCAUAUUCAGCACAGCAGAUCUCCAGCAUCAUCUCAACGAAGCUGCGAUCUCUCCUGUCAGUUGAAGUCUGUGCGACAUCGGAUUUUGUGCCACUGAUGCAUCCGGCAGCUAUCCAGCUCAGUGGGAAAAAAAUUGCGUCUCAAACAGGGGAUCUCCGCAAAGCUUUCAGUCUGGUGCGUCAAGCCAUUAAUCGAGUGGAACAGGAGACCAUUCUGAAGAUGAAUGGAGAAUCAAGUGUGACACCAACCAAGCAGCCUUUGGGCGAGAUUCGCAAUCCAAGGGCGAAUAUGGAAGCAAGCAAAAGCAACGAGCGGAACCUGCUUACACAAAUGAACAUGGAGACCGCGCCUCGAGUCACGAUUGCACAUGUGGCCAAGAUUGCGGCCAACUUUUUCAACAACAGCGCCAUCUCGCGGCUGAAUGGAUUGAACCUGCAGCAAAAAGCAGUGUUGUGCUCAUUGGUGGCUUCGGAAAAUCGAAACAACAAACGUGAUCCAUUCAAAACGCCAUCAAAGUCAUGGUCGAGAAUUGCCACAGUCAAGGAGCUAUUCGAGACAUACGGGAAAUUGUGCAGACGAGAUGAGGGUCUGUUGCAGCCUUUGAAGAACACCGAGUUUCGCGAUGUGGUUGCCAGUCUGGAAACGCUAGGUCUGGUACACGAGGCAUCGGGGCGACUUUCGGGUGUAAUGACACCAUCAAACACGCCGUCGCGCAAUGGAAAGAUCAGCGACGACAAGCAAAUUGUCUGCGCAAUCACUGAGAAAGAAAUGAGAGACGGGUUGCAAGGAGCGGGAUCCGACCUCCUACGGAGGCUCCUUGACGAGGAGUGAAGGGGUUGAUGUGAAUUUUGUGUGGCUUUUCUCUGAGUUGGGCAUGUAAGGUUUGUUUGAAUUGCAAGGACUGCAUCAGCGACGGACCGGAGUUUUUUGUGUGCGAAAUGAUGAUGGACGACAAUUUGUGAGAUACUGCAAGACCAAGGCGACAUUGAGAUGAGUCGGAGUGGAAAAUGAGACAGA